AUGCUUCUCACCAGAGCCUCCUCCCUACUCCAACUCGUCACCUGGAGCUGCUCCAUCCCGUCCCUUAUCCUCAACAUCCUUCUUAUUCUCGCAAUCCGCCGUGAGCGUCGAACUGACAACCGCUUCCGAUGGUUCAACUCAAUUUUCCUCUAUUCCGUCUACAGUAACACAUUGUUAUCGACUUUCUUCCCUUUGUUUCACCCGACGUUUGUGCCCGCCAAGGGUUUGAUCUACAUUGUUUUUAUCGGACCGUUGGCGGGUGUCAUGCCGAUGGUAUUGGUAAGAAUCGCGUAUUCCUUGCUGAUUGGUCUCAUCACGUAUCAAGCGUGUAUCUCGCCGAUCACUCUGGUAAUAAGAUGGCUGGUAGCGCGGAAACACCUCUGCUGCACCGCCCUUUACUAUAAAAACGUGAGAAUUCUUUUCGCGGUGACCGCCAUCCCCGUUCCAGUGGCAAUUGAAUUAUAUAUGAAUCUGGUGGAAAAAAGUGAGAAAUUGAACUUUUAUACCGAGAAAUCUCAUGAGAAUGCUGUCUGGAAACUGACGAAAGGAAGUUAUCCGUAUAUGGUUAUUGAUUGGAACUUUCUCUACGUAAUGCUUACAUUCACCAUUCCCUACCUAAUAUUCUUUGUGAUCUCUCUAUUAUUCCAUCGUUUCUAUAUGAAAUCGAUUCGAAACGUGCCGAAUGAUUCAAUCGAUAUGGGAUAUAAUGAUGCGUCGACAAUUAAUCAAUCGCUUCUUUCAAUGGCUCUUCAGAAUUUCGUUUUAAUUUCUCUUCCCCAUUUAUUUCUAGACAUUUCCGUUUUUAUCCGCUGGGAGCUCGGAGUCCGUGCUCUUCCAGUCACUUUCGGUUGCGUUUUAGUGUCUCUUACCAAUGCAGCCACUCUUUUUAUCCAUUUUAGAGCUUAUAGACGCCAAGUGGGUUUCCUAUUCAUCGAAUUCCUUCGACACAACAAUGUCAAUAUUCCACUAUUCGUCAUCAAUCAGCAACAACAGUCAACACAUUUCCAAAUGUCGGUGAUUGGGGGGGAUGCCUAA